GCUGGGUUGAGGUGUGGGGGGCGCGCCUCGGCGAACAUGGCUGGGCUCUAGGGCGAGGAGGAUAAAAUGGCGCUGGCGCAAGGCCCUCCUCUCCCGCACGCUCUCGGCGCCCCACGCCCCCUUCCUGAGACCGGUCGUAGCCCCAGCCCUCGCCUCGGGGCUUUCUGUAGCUUCCUGGCCGCGACCCCCACGGCGCCUCGCGCCCUCUGGCCUACGAGUGCCUCGCACUCUGGGAUGUUUUCAGUACUCCUCCCCCACGCAAGUCACCGGCUGAUCAAAUGCCUAAAUCAAAGGAACUUGUUUCUUCGAGCUCUUCAGGCAGUGAUUCUGACAGCGAAGUUGAAAAAAAGUUAAAGAGGAAAAAGCAAGUUGUUCCAGAGAAACCUGUGAAGAAGCAAAAGCCUGGUGAGAGUUCUAGAGCACUGGCAUCCUCCAAGCAGAGUAGCAGCAGCAGAGAUGAUAACAUGUUCCAGAUUGGAAAGAUGAGAUAUGUCAGUGUUCGGGACUUUAAAGGAAAAAUUCUAAUUGAUAUUAGAGAAUAUUGGAUGGACUCAGAAGGUGAAAUGAAACCAGGGAGAAAAGGUAUUUCUUUAAACAUGGAACAAUGGAGCCAGCUGAAGGAACAGAUCUCUGACAUAGAUGACGCAGUAAGAAAGCUGUAAAGUCUGAGCCAUAUCAAGCCUGUACUGUCGUAGCUGUUUUACUCUGUCUUUUCACAUUGGCUUUUGUUUUCUAAAUGUUGUUUUCCACGCUGUUGUAUAUUUGGAUUGCAGAACAAUUUGUAAGACAAAUACUUUUUUUUAAUGUGCAUUAUUAAAAUGUUCUAAGUGAAGCUAAUUGUCAACUUUAUUAAAGAGGAUUGCUUUGUGCCCCUUACCUAGUGUAAAAUAAAGUCAGAUCAUUACAAUCUUAA